AGUUAUUGGCUAGUUCCUUCGUGUUGACCGGGGCUUUGACGUUGGCGACAACUGGGGUCAGUCCACUGAAACGGAGAGUAGCGGCACCUUAGGGCUCCUUUAGGCAACUAACUAGGUACCGGUAAGAGUCACAGCGAGAGUCUGCGCGAGAGGCACAGCAACCAACAGUUACGACGUUUGACCGCUUCAUUCCACGUCUACAGUCUAGGCCAGAACAAUAUAAACAGCUCUUUGAGCCCCCUCUGAUCUUAAACCUGCUGUAUUUUCUAUAAAGGUUCCUUGAUCAGAUACCCUCUCAUCAUAUUCAUCGUAGCUCUGUCUCCUCACCUUCAAGUGCUAAGUAGGGUGUACUCUACAAUAAGCAAUACCUUGUCGCCUUCACACCUUCUCCGUACCGACAUACGUAAUAUGGAGUCUCACCAGUUCUCUGGCUGGGCGCAGACCUUGCAUGAUGAUUCGAAUACCGAAAACCGCUUGCGCGCGAUUGAGAGCUUCGAGAACGCGAUGAAAGACCCUGUGAAAUGGAAGAAAAGCUGGGCUGAUGGUGGGGGCACCGCUGGCAUCCUCCAUCUGAUGUCGACAGCCUCGGUCAGGGAAGUCAAGGUGUUUUGCAAAGCCAUAAGAGCCUGCAACCGGCGCGGGAGGAAGUCGGCUGACAGAGAGCGAGCUAUCGACGAGCUGGUCAAGGCUCUUUUGCCUCAGCACUAUCGCUCAACAAAACUACGGACAAGGGAUAAGCGCCCGCUCCAAAAGUACUACAGCUAUAUGUUAAGAGGAUGUUCGUCCAGCUUCGUUGAGAAGCUUCUCACCAAGAAAGACAAGUCCAAUCCGCUUUUCAAGGAGCUCAACGUUGGAAAACUGCUAUUCGCUCACGAUGAUAUGCUCAGGAGGCGCCUUACCGAUUACUUGCUUCACAAUGGGCCUCAGCUUUCGCAACCCGAGAUGGACGUCAGCUUUAGGGCCUUCGUCUUUCAAGAGCCUCCUUUCCCCGGUACCGAACCAAACAUGUCGGCAUCUAUGCAGUAUGCUCUUGAGCUACUGCAAGCUUUCGUCACCGGAAAACGUAAUGUAGAUCGCUGGCCGCGCAGCCCUAAUCAAAUGGAAAUACUGAUGUCCGUUUACCGCCGAUUCGUACGAAGACGCCGCUCGGCAGAUAGGUCCUUCUUCAUCAAGCUGGGGUUCCAACUGAUACAAUCUGAACCGGCGUUCAAGUCCACGGCAGACGCAAACGUGUUGAUGUCCGCAGCUGCCACUCUAUGGAAAAAGGAUCCGCGUCAGUAUGAAAGCUUGCUGUUUCAGGGGCUACGCCUUGGCCUCCGCGGGGAUAUUUUGCCCGAGAUUGCCGCUCGAUGGAAAGAUGAUCCUGACCAGUUCGAGCACUUGUUAACUGAGGCACUUGGCUUGGGACUUGGUGGACAUUCAGACGAAAUUGGCGAUAGCUAUUUGAGGUUGAUCAGGCGUAAACCGUUCGAAGAUAUCAGCUCGGAGCUGAGGUGGCGUUUGCUUUGUUUAUUUUGCCAGCACACUCCCCAGGAUGGCGUCAAAGAAUCGUCUGACUUCACAAGCCUUGCGAACCAGGAAUGGCCGUUUGAGCUUUUUGACCAACUUGACAGAGAAAACUCGAUAUUCUUGCUGAAGGGUCUUUACUCAGUCAAUCCGAACUUCGACUUCUUACGAGCCCCCAGGCGUUACACGUCCAUUUAUGCGAUGCAGAGCUUGUCCUCACGACGGAACUUCAACGUAGACCUUCUUCUAACCACAUAUCAAUGGGGAGAUAGUGAUGUUCAACAAAAGGUUCGAGAAGAGGUUGACCAGCUACGAAAAACGGCUGCCACGACGCGAGACCAGAACGAUCGGGCCCUCUUCGCAAAGGCCGCUGCGCAUCUUGCGAUAGCAACCGGUGAUCUCGAAUCAUAUGCCGAGACCUUAGUAUGGCAAAAACGAUUUAUUCGCGAUUCCAUUGCGAUCCGCAAAAUUUUUGCAAAAGAUGCCUUACUCACCUCAGAAGGGUUAGGCCUGCUUUCUGGAAUCGAUCUCCCGGUUGCAGAUGGCACAACGCCGAGUGCCAUUGCAAAGCGACUCGCGAGAGCCAACGAGAUAUUGAAAAGUGUUAAUGAUACAGCCCGUAUGGCCAAGAAAGAACCAUCUAAUAACCAUGCGAACUGGACAGCUUUUCAGUCAUUCUACACUGAUGUGUAUAGUGAACGGGUCUCCCGCGCCAAGAAGGUCAAGCUCGAGCUUGUCGAAUCGGAGCUGGAUAUGUUUCACAUCAUCUGGUCGGGAACUACAGAGCUGGCACAUAGUAUUGGCUCUGAUUUCAUGAGUCAGAUACAAUAUCCCGUUCUAGACCUGUUAUCUGGACUCUCGGGUGCUUCCCUCAUCGCUGCCGCCGAGACUUUGCUAGAUUUUGCCGCCAAAUGGGGCAGAAAGGGGGAUCGUAACGAAGAUCAUGACAAUAUUACUGCUACCAUGGAACUGCUGUCUUUUCAAGCUGUCUCAAAGCUAGCCCGUGCGGAUGCACCCACUCUGGCCCAAGGCCUGAUACAACGAGCGAUCAUCGAGUUCCCGGCAGCAAGCAGUUGGCAUAGACAAUUCCUGUCACUUGGAUAUAUGAAAGAUCUACCGGCUAGCGCCGCCAAGACAAUGCUCCUAUCAUUCGCUUCCGCUAUAGGAGAGAAAUUAGAAGAGCAGUCUUAUGUCAAAGUGGGCGACGCAGAACCGCCCAAACAUGCUCCUCCAGCAUCCCUCGUCAAAGUGUCAACGGUCAAAUAUCUUGCACAGCUUCUGAACAAUGCUGAAUUCAUUGGACCGGACUCAGCGAUCGAGGUUCUCAUAGAACUGUUCAGAGCCGGAACACAUAUAGAUGUUCGUCUAGCCACGCUAGAUAGUUUGCUCGGUUCUUUGAAUACCAUUGUCGGCGACGGCCCUAAUGAGGAAUGGAAGUCAGACCCAGUGGUAGAAAAAAUCCUGGGCACAUUGGAGAUCGUGAUUCCUAUCGCAGGCAAUAUGAAUGAGCGUCGGCCAUUGAGCGUUAGGGACUGGCAAGAGGCGAGAGAGAAGACGACAGUACCGGCCUUAUCCAUUGAAGAAGCAGAAAUUCCUCCUUUAUUGAAGGCGGUCCUCGAAAUAGCCGCUGGGAAAAGGUAUCCGAAUCUCGAGAAGCUUCGGGAUGUAAUCUUUUCACGUCUGGUGCUUCCAACUCUCCACCAUUCACAAGAGCAGCAUCGCGCUUGGUUUUCUCUGUUCCUUGCUAAGUAUAGGCCAGCCUUAAGCGUGGACCGUCUACCGCCUGUACCUAUCACUCCUCACGUCUGGUAUGAUCUGCUGAAUCAUCACGGUCGCAUCCUGCCUUCUUCCGUCAUCGAUGCAUACAACCAGUAUGCAAUCUUGCGAAUACGCUUGCCAGAAGAUAUUCAAGAGUUCAAUGAAUCGCUGCAAGAGGAUGCUACGUUGCGCAAUGAUGCCAAUGUCAACCAUUGGCUAUCCAUCUUUGGCGACACGGGACAUCCUCAGCCGUGGAAGGGCGUAGUUCAAUACUCCCUAUUCAAGUUGAUUCUCACACCGGGAGAAACAGUCGCUCCAAUGACCGAUCUCCUCGAAAUUGUUGCUAGCCAAGCCUCUGCACUCCUAGAUGACUAUGAAAACCGCGUGGAUGAUUGGCAACAGCUCGUAGCAAGCUUGAAGCGACCAUAUUUAAGCGAUUCCGGCGAGAAUAACGAGGAGAAAAUACAGCAAGACUGGAACACAUGGCUGAAUGCUACGCACGCCCUGUCCUCGAAACUCGUUUCGCUCCUCGAGCACAAGGUGGCCUCAUCUGGAGAGAGCAAGGUACUUCCAUCAACAUUCCCACUACGAGUCUGGGGUCUUCCGUACCCAGAACCUCACUCCGUAGAACGUACGGCCGAAGCCGGUAUUUCCCUUGUCACACUACUCGACUCCUUUCUGGCAUCGUACCUUGAAAGCCACGAGGCAGACGUGCUCCUGUGGGCCACACUUGCUAAUGAUGUCUACAACAAUCUCGUCGGAACCUAUAGAACCGAGGCUAUCUCUGUCGCACGUCUCCGUAUGGCAACACAGAUUGGCGAUCUGAAUGGAAACCACGCCCACGCAGCACCCGCCAUACAACUCAUCAAGGUCGCGGUAGCGCUGAAGUUGAUCGACAGCGUAGCCAAGCUCCCAGCUAUCCAGAAGCCAAAGACGAACGAUGAAUUCACAACAGAACAGGCCGUAUUAAGGACCUUGAUUCCACGCUUCCGCGCUAUCGUCGACGGAUGGGCAUCAGGUGGGGCUACAGGUUCCCGGGCAUCUGCUGGCAUCCGGGACAUGGCUAUGCAGUGGAAAAGUAAGAAUAAGGCUCUAUGGAAUACUAUCCUCAGCUGGGAUUCCGCUUAGGUGGCGGAAUGGCCAGAGAGCUUGGAUCGAGUGUAUAUCGAGGAAGAUAUUGUGUUUAUGUUGACAGAUCAGAUGGAGCUUCAUACGCAGGUCCAGGAGGACUUCCGGGAGGACCUGCGGAGAGAACGCGAGACGAGAGGCGGGGUGCCUGUUUGCAUGCUUAUUACGCGGGGAAUCAUCCGUGAUGGUACAUUAGAGAUUCGGGAUCACGGUAUCUUCACGACUAGUCUUUUGGGUUGUUUAGUGCAUAGGUAACUGAGAUAUCCUGUUUUUUUUUUUCUUUUUUGGCGGUUAUGCCCUCGGCCCAUUGUUCGCUGAAGCGUCCGCUAGGGCACUCACGCGACUGAGAUAGCGUGCGUUGGUGGACUUGUA